GGGCAGGGCAGCGCACCGCGAUGCCCCUUGGUGGGCCAGGUGAAAAGGCCCGGGGGAGGAAGCGGCGAGGCAGCUUGCACGGGAGGAGUUGCCGGGCAGCCUGGGGGGAACACCUUACCUCACGCAGGUGGAACAGCCGGGAGAGUCCCCGGGAGGACUGGAGCAGGGAGGCAGGAACUGGAGGAGACGAUGGAGCGCUGGAGGACUGUACGCUGCAGCUCUCGCCGUCGGGACAAUACUUGGAUCUUGACCUGUCCCUGCUGGAGCAGAAGGAUGAGCUGGAAGGAUUCUACGAGGAGAUCAGCAAAGGGAGGCGACCAACCAUCAUCCUGCGCACGCAGCUCUCGGUCCGUGUCAAUGCCAUCCUCGAGGAAAUUUAUUCAAGUAUGUAUCCAGAACUGCGGUGCCACGUGCACUCUUCUCUGCUGCAGGAGGACAAAGACCUGGUGCCGGAGUUCGUCAACUCGGAGGGGCUGACGUGCCUGAUCAAAGUGGGGGCAGAGGCCGACCAGAACUACCAGCACUACAUCCUGCGAGCGCUGAGUCAGAUCAUGCUGUUCGUGGACGGGAUGCUGGGUGUGAUCGAGCACAACGAGACGGUGCAGUGGUUCUACACGCUCUGCGGGAGCAUGUACCGCCUGGUGGUGAAAACGGCGCUGAAGCUGCUGCUGGUGUUUGUGGAGUACACGGAGGCUAACGCCCAGCUCCUCAUCCAGGCUGUCAACACGGUGGACCAGGCGCAAGGGGCCUGUCCGUGGGCGAACCUGGUGGCGAUCUUAGACGAGCGCAACGGGGCUGACACAGAGCUGCUGGUCUUCGCCAUGAUGCUUAUCAACAAGGUCACUGUGGAGCGGGCUGGCCUGACGGCGUGCCUGGAGCAGCAGGGCAUGGAGGGCAUUGUGCAGCGCCACACGCAGGGCAAAGGCCUGGACCCCGACCUGAAGCAGCAGUUUGCAAUCUACGAAGUGAGUGCUCUGACUUCACCAAACUGCCCCCGUUUGGGGGCAAAGGGGCUGAGGCAGGAGCUCUCCCCGCCCUUGUGCAGCCCUGGGCCGUGCAGUGCCAGAGCCCUGAGCCGGGCCAUUGAGGGAGGCCGGGGCCCGUGGGCAGGUGCGUGCCCUGGACACACUGUCCUCUGGUUCCCCCCAGGGCCCAGCAGCCCCCCGCAGGAGAGCGCAGAUCCCUGCAGCUCCAUCUCCUCGGACGAGGGGCUGACGCGGGACGCGCUGUGCGCCAAGAGCCGCGCGGAGCCGGCCCGGGACCCGGCCUGCCAGCCAGAGCUGCAAGGCCUGGAGAGCACCCGGCCCCGUGGCAAGGCCCCUGCCGGGCAGGUCUCCGUGCGCCCCCAGGCCAGGGUGGAGGCAGAAGCCAGCGCUCCGAGUGGGGAGCGGGCCCUGCUGACCCCCUUUCGGAAGGACGCCGAGUUCCCAUGGGACCGUCUGGAGAGCGGCCCCCUGCUGCUGAAGGUCAAAGACCUGGAUUUCUCCGACCUGGGGGAAGAGGAGGAUUUCGACGCCCUAGAGCAAGGGGCAGGACAGAUCCACGGGAAGGUGGCGAGGGGGGCCUGCCUGCUGAGUCAGCGCCGAUUUUCACAGCAGAUAUCAUGGCGACGUGCCCCCGGCAGGGUUCGGGGCAGCCCGCAUGCCCCACACCUGCCUUUCAGCCCCUUUCCUUCCUUUCAGAAAGCUGCUGACGGGAAGAAGUGCACAGAGGUCCUGGACCCCAAGAGGAGCAACGCCAUCAACAUCGGCCUGACGGUGCUGCCGCCCGCGCACGUCAUCAAGACGGCCAUUCUCAACUUCGACGAGUUCGCCAUUAGCAAGGAAGGGAUCGAGAAAAUCCUCACCAUGGUUCCCACGGAGGAGGAGAAGCAGAAGAUCCAGGAGGCACAGCUGGCCAACCCCGACGUCCCGCUGGGCUCCGCCGAGCAGUUCCUGCUCACCCUGGCCUCCAUUAACGAGCUCACGGCUCGCCGGCCGCUCACGGCAGCUGCACCUUCCCCCACGCAGGAGAUCGCAGAGCCGCUGUUCGACCUGAAACUCGGCAUGGAUCAGCUGGCCCAGAACCAGACCUUCCGCUGCAUCCUGGCUACCCUGCUGGCCAUGGGGAACUUCCUCAACGGCUCCCAGAGCCGGGGCUUUGAGCUGAGCUACCUGGAGAAGGUCUCGGAGGUGAAGGACACCGUGCACCGGCAGUCCCUGCUGCACCACCUCUGCCACGCCGUGGUGGAGAGGUUCCCCCAGAGCAGCGACCUCUACUCGGAGAUCGCGGCCAUCACCCGCUCGGCCAAGGUAAGACCCGGGGCGGCCGGGGGGGUGCCAGUGCAGUCACACCUCAUUACAAACGAGGUUCAGAACACGCUGCAGCCGCCACCUUCGGCCCAGGAACCGAAGAACAGACAGGUGCUUACAGGCUCCAACUAG